AUGUCCCAGCCCCGUCAAGUCCCCACGCACUCGUCAUCGCCGUCAAAGUCCUCGUUACGGCGUACCAGUGGCCCUCAGAACCCUUCCGCCCGCAAUCUCUUGCCCUCUCCGCACUUUGAAGACGAUCCCAUCGUAGCCUCGCAUCAACCUACACCGAACUCGGCAUCAUCAGAGCAUGAGCACGCCAUUGCGGGCGCCGAAUCCGACCAGUACGGCCAUUCAGAGCCGAUUCCGCCCUUCCAGCCCUUUUUCACCUUGAUCGAAGAUAGCGUGACCAACGAACACCAUCAUCCGACAGUUCACUACAUCUUUGCCGACGAUGACUCGGAUAUCAUAGCAGAAGCGGCUUGUCGCAGCCUCGAGACUCUUGAUCCUUCCCAGCGUGCGAGCAGGCACGUCCCGUCUCGUGAGCACCACCAUGAUGAGGGAGAGUCUCGCCUGCCCCCUCCGAUCGCCGGCGUCCGUGAGCACUAUCUGAUCCUCGACGUGCAACCACGCAACACAUCAGCCGACGAAGGCUCCGCACGCUCAUUCGAAGUCACCUCCGCCCGCAGCCUGAGUGCGGAGUGGCAAGUUCUCCGCUCCACGAUCACAACUGCCCCGACGAUCGGCAACGAUGCUGACGCCGAAGACGACGGACUCAUGCUCCGUAUCGAAGGUCGUGGGAAUAGCCCUGGCGAUGCGCCACCGAGUGCAGAGAAAGAGUCCACGGAGGAAAUGAUCGAAAGAUUUCAGAGACGUCUGGAUGAUAUCAGACAGAUGAUGGACACGACUGCUCUCGGUGGCCCCGGUGGCGGUGCAGAGGAAUAA